GAACCACAUCGUCACCUUGGCUGCGUCGUUGCUGUUUUCCCCGCUGUCGUCUCGAUUCCGGUGUCCGUCCCUUCAUUUCAUCCAUCCUCAAUUGCAACCAUGCCUCCGAAGGGCGUCUCGACCCGUCUCAACCCCGUCCGGCUGCAGACCAUCCCUCACCUGCGAGUCCGUCGUCCAAACAACAAUGAGCCGAACACCUGUGUCGCGGUCAUGUCGUCCAUGCUGAGCUGCUGGGCUUCUCAAGGAUACACCGCAGAGGGAUGCGUGGUCCUCGAGCAACAAUUGAGACAGUGCAUGGAUGCUCCUAAACCCAAGAGCGAAAAGAGAAACGCCAUCAACUACCACCUGAUGAGAAUGUAUCCCAAGGUCGUCGGUCCCAAGAAGAAGGACGGUGUUUUGGGUUAAUUUGUUUAUUUUUAUUCCGUCUCCCGGGGGGAAGAAUCACCUAUCUGCGGUUUAUUAUGCUUUCGGAGCGUUCGCACACGCGCAUACGAUAUACCUACCUAUGUUCUUUGCCUGGUGGAAGAUGGUGAGGGAGAAGAAAAUACUAUCUAUUUGGAGUUUUGGGCUUGUAUGUACCGUACCGUGCGAUAAAGGAUUGCGUGUUUCGAUUUUAUGUUGAGAUGGUGGGAUG